CUCUCUCUCUCUCUCUCUCUCUCUCUCUCUCUCUCUCUCUCUCUCUCUCUCUCCUCUACUCUUUCUCCUACACGCUGCGUAAGCAAGCAUGAGAGCACGACACAUCAGGUUCUCUCCGUUCUUACAAGUGAAAUGCUGCACCCGAGGGAGGAGUAACGGGUAGGGUGGGUUUUCUUUUUUUUUACCCGAGUACCGCGUGUUGUGGAUCAGAGCAUCGCAUGCUCGUUUUCUCUCUCUAUCUAGGUCCCUCACUUCGGCACUCCAUCCUGAAGCACACAGAGGAGAGCGAGUGAUGCUGGAGACACGUUCCUGAGUCUCAGCCUUUUUAGAGUGGGACUUUACACAAAAUAAAGAGCCACCAAGACUUGGACACACACUCACACGCUUACUGUAGCCAUGACAACCUCGGCCCUGCGACGGCAGGUGAAGAACAUUGUACACAACUACUCGGAGGCUGAAGUGAAAGUACGUGAGGCGACCUCCAAUGACCCCUGGGGUCCGUCUAGCUCUCUUAUGUCGGAGAUUGCCGAGCUGACGUUUAGCGUAGCUGCGUUCAGUGAGGUCAUGGCCAUGGUGUGGAAACGCCUCAACGAUCACGGCAAGAACUGGAGGCAUGUCUACAAGGCCCUGACCCUGCUUGAUUACUUGGCUAAGACGGGUUCAGAGCGUGUAGCGCAGCAAUGCCGUGAAAACGCCUUCACCAUCCAGACUCUGCGUGACUUUCAGUAUGUGGACCGGGACGGGCGUGAUCAGGGCGUGAAUGUGCGUGAGAAGGCCAAGCAGCUUGUGGCAUUGCUCAGGGAUGAGGACAGACUCAGACAAGAGAGGGCACUGGCACUGAAGACCAAAGAGCGGUUAGCAAGCGCAGGUGGUGGUGCAGGGUCAGGUACAGUGCCUCCUUCGUACCUGAAUAGGAGGAGCAGCCAGCCAAGCAUGGCUGCACUGUAUGGAGAGGAGUUCAGUCGCUCCAGAGGAUCUCCAUCUUCCUUUACCUCAUCUCCUUCGUCUCCAAGAGCCUCUGAUCUGGAACACUCUCGACCUCAAACCAGCGGAGAGGAAGAGCUGCAGUUACAGCUGGCACUUGCAAUGAGUCGAGAGGAACACCGCAAAGGUCAUGACGAUGAACCCCAAGUUGAAAAAGUUGUAGACAAGGGCAGGAAAGGCAGUGGAUCCAGACAUGGAGAGUCAGCCAUGAUUGAUUUGGUGGACAUAUUUGGAAAAUCAGGACAAACUGAAGCACCAACCAGUGAUGAUCUCUGGGAUGCCCAGCCCUCCUGCCCUUUAACCUCUGAUCCCUGGGAUACUGUUGUUGGUAGUCCCUGGAAACCCCACCCCUCGUCUGGUAGUCCAGAUCAACACUGGGUUACGAACCAAUCUCCACCAGACCCAUGGGGAGCCCUGCCCUCUAAGUCCACAUCUAAAUCUACUGAACAACCCUGGAGAAGUCCAAUUCGGCCAGCCUCAGCAGGAGUCGACCCAUUUUCCAUUCCUGAGGAAGAGGAACCUGGAGACACACGACCUAACAGUGUGUUCAGCCCUCGCUGUGAGAGUCCAACAGAUAUAGAUCCAUUUUCUGACUUGGUGGUGGGUGGGCAGGUAAAUGGAAGAGUUGAAGCAAGUUCGGUGACCUUUGACUGCUCUCAUCUUGGCCCUCCACUGGAUUCAGUGACUCCUAGAAAGUGCUGCACACCAGAGGCAUUUCUUGGCCCUACUGCUGCAUCACUCAUCAACCUAGACACACUUAUUCCCUCAAAACAACACUCACAAACACAUCCACUCAACCCCUCCAAUAUACCAGCCAAGAGCAAAAACCCCUUCCUCUCAGGUCUGAGUGCUCCAUCGCCCACUAACCCUUUCCACUGUGACCAACGCAGACUGACUCUGAAUCAGAUGCGUCCGAACUCCACUUCCCCACUGCCUGCUCAUGCUUUGCCUGGUGCUCUUCCCUACAGUGCCUCUCUUCCUCUGCCCUCAUCCCAAAACACACCCCAGCCUCCAGACCUGCCCUCUAACCUUCCACAGCCAUUGUUGCCCAUCUCCUCUAUGCCUCGCCUCCAAACAGCCCCCCAGCUUCAGAGCCACAGCAACAAUCCAUUUCUCUGAAGGCCAAAAAUUACUUGAAAGAGAUCAGGCUGUUAUGAAGGCUGUUAAUUACAUGCUCAGUUGGAGCUAAAGUGAAACAUACUGAAAUAUGUACUAAAAUUAAAUUCAAUGUGAACAGACAAAUCUGGAUUUAGCAUAUUGAAAAUAACACAAUUUGAAUGUAAUAAAAUCACACAUCAGGCUUUAGAAUAAAAUUGAUCCCUGAAUUAAACGAUAUAUAAUUCAGUAUUUACAGAAAUGAUUUAAGGUACCUGAAAUAACUGAUUAAGAUACCAUACUCUUUUAAUGAAGUGCUAACAGAUACUCCAUCAUCUACAGUCUCUAGCAUGCUGCUUAUGAGAUGGAGUUCAGCUGUCACAUGCUGCUUAUGAGAUGGGGUUUUGCUGUCAAUCAGCAUGGCUCUGCCCCUUGCACAACCAAAAGGACCUGUCAAUCACAAGGACACAAUGGUCUCAGGCCCGAAGAGUGCAGAACUAGGCUAUGACAGGGGGGUAAGCAACAUUUCAGGAAACCUGACGUGAACUAAUUUUGUGUUUCUCUUCUCGCCAACUUGUUUUCUAUUGCCUUCUGUCUAUGGAUACUUGUCUAUUCAGGGUCCAGCAUCGAUUGUAACCCUUGGCUUUUCCUCACAGAACCAUGUGCCUGACUCAAUGGCUUGUCCACAAUGCACUGUGGGUGGGGGGUUGAGAGGGGUUUCAUCUCCACACAACUUGGACCUCAGGAGCCCUGCUAACCAAAACCUGCACAACCAAGUAACUGCUCACAAGUAAACAGUCUAUAUGUGGAGAGAUUUAACUAAAAGAAAAGCAAUGGGUAAAAAAAGAAGGAUAAACGAAGCUAAUCUGGUUAUAUAUUGUAAUGCUGAACUACUCUAUGCUGUUCUUCUGUUGAACAAUAUAUUGAUUUAUUUAUAAAUACAAGCUUUAUUGGCUACCGCUGAAUGAGUUAAGUGCAUCCUGUAAGGCAAAUACUUUGAGGUUAAUAUUUAAUGAAGACACACAUGAUAUACAGUAUAUCAGUAAGCGACAAUAAAUGAAUGUCAUUUGCAUUUAAAUGUGUUACACAUGAUUUAUUAGAGCAACGACUGAAUUUUUUAAAAUAAUUAUUAUAUUAAUGUGUUCAUUCUCAAACACGAUCAUUUCUCUAUUACCUGCUCUCUCACAGACCCGUUCGUGGGUACACUGGGUGGGUUUUAAAAAAUGGAUUAAAAACAUUUUCUAACAUCAAUAUACAGUAGUAAAGUAUUCUGUAAAGACACAUCUAUUUACAGGCUUUGUCAGUGUCUUGUAACAGAGGUAUUCCUUGGGGGAAAAGAAUGAACAGUUUGCAAUUUCUUACUAACAUGACAAGCUACUGAGAAAAAGGUGAGGGAACGACUGUUUUUAGCUGCUAUAAUAUAAGCACAUGUGUCAUGUCUUGUGUAGGCAGAUGAGAGACAGUCAUUAAGCCCAACAUGUCUGUACCUGCAUUGUGUGAUGACUGCAGUUUAGCAGGUUUCAGGUACACCUGCUAAUAUGUAUGUCUGUGUAGUUAGGAGAGUUUCUGAAGUUAAGCAUGAAACUACACAAUGCUCUGGCCUAUCUAUGUGAGAGAUAAGGACGCUUUUGACAGACUUUUAAGAUGGUAGCUAUUAAAUGUUGAUAGUAAAACUUUCAAUAAAAGUAAAAUAAAAUAAACUUUGGUAAUUAAAAAGGAGUUAUUUACUUUGUAUAGCAUUACUUUACUUUUACUUUACUUUACUUUAUUACUUUAUUGUCCCCAAAGGGGAAAUUCUUUUCCACAACACUGUACUUGUUCGACACACACAACAUAAACAUAGACAGUCAUAAUACACACAUGUCAAAAACAAUAGCAUUAACAAAUAUCUUGGUAUAAAUGGAUUAAAAAGUAAAAACUAAAACCAAAAGAUACUAUUUUCCUGUUUUAAUUUUUUUAAAGUUUUCUGGAUGACUGAAGUUUCAUUGAAUUAGUAAAAAGUCCCUAAACAUUAAGUCUAGCUCUAGUCUUUUCCGAAUGCUGUGCAAUCAAAUGAUACAAUUUAGAAGCAGCUAACGCCGAAGUCUUUUCCUUAGAAUGCGAUUGCU